UCUGUCUGUAAAUCUCAAGAGUGCGGACAGUCUCCUUCACGUAGUUGAAAAUUAGGGCAAAAAAGGGGGGAAAAUGGUGCAAACAAAAUCGCUGGAGAUAGGGGUUAAAGUAUCUGCGAAAGAAGCGUGGACGGUCUACGGCACCCUCCUACUGGCCAAGAUCGCCGUCGAAGAGCUUCCCGAUCAAUUCAGCAAACUCGAGGUCCUAAAUGGCAAUGGCUCCUCGGGAACCAUUAUCCAGGUCUUUUACACUCCAGGGUCGACGCCGCCAUGGUACAAGGAGUUGUUCAAGGUGGUGGACGACGUGAGACUAGUGAAGGAGGCGGAGGUGAUUGAGGGCGGGGCUUUGGAACAGGGGUUUUCAUAUUUCGGGACGGUGUUGGAGGUGAAAGAGAAGGAGGGGGCGAAGGAGGAGUGCAUCGUCAAAGGCACCAUCGUGUAUGAGUUGAAAGAUGCGAGCACUCCGGUUUCCACUGACGGCCUCCUUACGAUCCUGAAUCUUGCUGCAGAUUACUUGAUCAAACACCACCACCACUGCAACUGACGCAGAUCCUUCUCAUAUCCCUUCCCCUGUUAUGAAUCAAUUCAGAUCCUUCUCAUAUCCCAUCCCCCUGUUAUGAACCAAUUUCAUCCCCUUUAAUUUCAAAGUAUUUAUGAGUCCAUGUUCUGUAUUUGAAUAAGGGAUGGAGUUUGGGACUGUUUUUCCAAAGACAUUGAAUAAAAACAAUCAGUGACAUGACAUCACUGUUUUGAUGUUU